AAAAAAAAGAAAGACAGAGCGUUUAGUUGCUAUCUCUCAAAUAUAAUGAUGAACAAAGCCGUACUUGUGAGUUCAAUUUUGGUCUUCAUGUUGAUCGGUUUGGUUCUUGUUGAGAGUCGUCCGCUUGGUCUAACAAAGACCGAGGAGAAGAAGUUCAUGGCUGGUUUCUUCGAUGCCUUAUCACUUGGUUCAAUCAAAGACUCAGGUCCUAGUCCAGGCGAGGGUCAUAAGUUCGUGGACCGGAAAGAUACGUUUCGUUUUGUAAAGCACUCCGGUCCAAGCCCAAGCGGUCCGGGCCACUAAUGUUUCAAACUUUAGAUCAAACUGGACCGGUUCAAGCUCCCAAACCUAUUUAGGUCGAACAAAUUAUUUCAUUUAUUUUGUUUGUUUCAGUUUUAUUAGUCGAAUAAUACAUAGGAAGAAGAAUGCGAAAAAUCAAGCAUUCGUUUCUCAUGUUAUUUUUUUCUUCUAUAUUUACGAUUACAGUUUUGUUAGUUAAAUAAAGUUAUUUAAAAGUACACAAUGUAAUGAAUAAAGUCAUUUUAAUAAAUUAACGAGUUCAAACUGCUCA